GUGAUGCACAGGGCAGCUGCCGCCAUGACGAAAAUUCCAACACUUCCUCUCAGUUCAGGAUCACAUAUUCCUGUGUUGGGGUUGGGUACAGGAUCCCUUGGCCACAAAGGCAAAAUGUCGGAGGAGGAGGUUACAGCAGUACUAGAAACAGCGCUGGAGUGUGGGUACCGACACUUCGACACAGCUGCUUUCUACCGCAACGAGACUAUCAUUGGCCAGGUCCUGCGGCGGUGGAUCUCUGAGGGCAAAGUUAAGCGGGAGGAACUCUUCAUCACAACAAAGCUGCCGUCUAACGGUAACCGUGAGAAGGACGUGGGCAGGUUCCUGCAGAAGUCCCUCGAUGACCUGGGUCUACCCUACGUCGACCUCUACCUCAUCCACAGUCCUUGUGGCAUCCUUGGAACGGAUGAUGAUACUUCGUUCCCACAUGAAAUUAUACUCGAUCCAACGACCGACAUUCUCGGUAUCUGGAGGGGCAUGGAGGCACAGGUUGCUGCCGGCAAGGCCAAGAACAUUGGACUGUCCAACUUCAACGCUGAUCAAGUUCAGCGUAUAAUUAAAG